AGUCAGAGAGAGAGAGAGAGCCGCCCACGCGGCGUAUAUGGUAAGGAGGUUCAUCGGCGAGGGUUUGUUGUCACCGCCCCCUUCAUCUCUCUCCUUCCUCUGCCGAUCAGACCGUUCUCUCCUUCUCUCUCUCUUCCCUCUCAUGCAUUUGCUUCUUCCCAACCCUAACCCUAACCCCUACCUGAACUCCAAUUCCACUGCGCAACGACCCUCCUGUUUCCCCACAACCACCAACGCUACUUCCUCUUCACUUGGGUCGCGCACAGGGAUGGGCAUGGUGUUCUUCUCCUGCUUCAGCAGAAGGGCAGUGGCGUUCCGUGCUUCGCCGUCCCCGCCCGCCAAUUCGCCCUUCCCGUGACACAUCUGAAGUGCCCUCCUGCUGCAAUGGCGCCCGGCCGCAGAAGGGGAGCGGGCAAGGGGUCUACCGCCGCUGCUGCCCGGCACCAGUGGAAGCCGGGUGAUCUCGUCCUGGCGAAAGUUAAGGGCUAUCCUGCCUGGCCUGCUACGGUAAGUGAACCACAAAAAUGGGGCUAUUCUCGUGACUGGAAGAAAGUGCUAGUCUACUUCUUUGGAACAUAUCAAAUUGCAUUCUGCAAUCCUUCUGAUGUUGAACCAUUCACAGAAGACAAAAAGAGCUCCUUGCUAAUAAAAUGUCAAGGAAAGGGUGCAGAUUUUGUUCGUGCAGUUGAUGAGAUCAUUGAAAUGGCAGAAAAAAUGAAAGAAAGUCGUGCAGAUGAAGUUGAGUCGGGUAAUGAUGGUGUAGUAUCAGAUGUUGGUGUUUCACAAGUGGCGACUUCAUGUGCUGAUAAUAGUGAUGUAAAGGCAAACCCCUGUUUAAAGUUGCCUUCUCUCUCAGAAGCCCAAUCAGAUAUUUUUAUGGAAAUUGAUUCAUAUGCUUCUGCAGAGGCUUCAGAACCCAGAAUAGGACCGGCUGAACUGCUAGAUACAUGUCUUGUCUCUGGGGAGCACAUUUUGAAUGAUGGGGGCCCCAAUCAAACUGAGCAGCUUCCUUUUCUUGCUGGCAAGUUUUCAAGGAAGAGAUCAAGGAAUAUUUCAGUGCAGACAUCUAGUCUGUCGAGACAUUUUCUGUCAGCUCAGCAUUGUAACACUUCAUCCGAAGAUUUAGAACCCAAGAAGCCUUCAUUGGUUGAGGAAGACUCUGAUGGAAGUUAUCCACAACUUCGUUUAGAAGGAUUUGGGCCUGAAAAAAUGAAUAAUGUAGCCAGAAAAUUGUCUGGUGAAUUGGCUAAAAAAGGUACUGAUUCAUCUGCCAUUACCCAGAGCCUUAGCAAUAAGCUGGACAUUAGUGACUCUGAUAAACAUCCCAAUAACUCCUAUUUCAAUCUAAGUUAUUCACCUACAUCUUUUGUGGCCAUUGAAAGCAGUAGUGGUAGCAGAUCUGGUAUAGCGAUUAAAAGAGGAGCUUGUACAUUUGACAUAGACAAUAAUUGUACGAAUGAAAAAAAUGAAGUUUCUGAGCUUAUUGGUGAAUCAUCUGACAAGGGUACUGAAGUUAGCAGCAUGUUACCUUUGUCUGAUUUGGGGAUGUCUAAAGUAUGUUUAGCUCUGGAUGAUGGUCAAGUGAAGACAGCUGUCUUCAAGAAGAAACGUAAACCUCACAAGAAGCGAGCUUUACUGGACACUUUAGAAAGCAGUCAACAAAUCCCCUUAAGUACUGGUUGUAAGGGUUCUCCAUUGUGGUCACCAGAUACAUGUUUCAAGGCCAAUGAACAUUUUGUUGUUGUAAAUGGAGAUGAACACUUGCCUUUGGUGAAAAGGGCAAGGGUACGUAUGGAAAAGCCCUUGAAAGAUGAAAGUGAACAGUGUUCAUUGGAUGCUGCAGAGAAGAAUUCAACAGAAGACCAGGGUAACUUUCUAUCUUUGGCCACCUUAUCCAGAGCUGGUGAUGCCCAUAUGUCCAUUAGCUCUACUAUAGGGGAUAAGGAAUCUAGUACCAGUUUGUCAGUGUCAAUGGAUAAUCUAAAACCUAAAGAAAAUGGUGCUUGCUUGCCAUGGAAAGCAAAAAAGUAUCAUUUAAUUGGCUCUGUAGACAAUGAAGCAUCUCUACCACCCUCUAAGCGUCUUCAUCGUGCUUUGGAAGCAAUGUCGGCCAAUGUUGCUGAGGCUGCGGAAACCUCCAUCAAGGUUCAGGGAGUUAAACACCACCAGCAAGCAAGUGAAGUGCACAGUAGUAGUGGAAUUGACAUUGUAGAGAAUAACACUCAUAAUCCAUCUGUAGAUGGUAGUGUUGAUAGUCUUGAGACUCCGAUUGGGUUAAUGUUUCAAAAGCCCCAUGUUCAUGUGAGAUUGAUUACUGAUGCUUCUGAACCCUCAGCAUCUGAGCCACCUGGCUUACCUGUUGAAACAUGCUCCGAAGAAAAACUGCAUGACUAUAAUGUUAAAGGCCAUGAUGGUUCACUGCAUGAGGCUAUCAUGGUGGCAGAUGAUAAAGGUGAAAAAAUUGAAGGGAGUUUUUGUUCUGAUACUCAUGAAACUUGUUCUCUCACAGAAAGCAAGCUUAGUUCUACUUCUGUUCAAGGUGUGUCAGUUGAUUCGUCAUCUCCCAGGCGACAUGGUUCCACAGAUCCUAUGCUGCCAACUGAAAGUGGAUCUGCAUUGACAGUAGAUACUGUGGAAGUGAACAGAUCAUGUGAGAAUUUCAGGAAGGGGCUCUCUGAAAAUACAGAAACUCCCAAAGUGCAUCCAGUUGGACAGUGUCAACCUGAGCAUCCAAUACUUCAGGAGGGAAAUUAUGUUCCAUUGGAAAAGGGCAAUGGAGACUCUUUACAUGUGAUGGCUAGACCCGAGGAGGACAGUUGCACUUCAAGUACAAAACAUGGCAACAGUGUUGUGUCUUUGAAACCUCAGAUAGAGGAGGGUACUGACUUGACUAGUAGAAAUGAAGCUAGAGAUGGACUUGAGCUCACACCAAGAGUAGAAAAUGUCGAUCUAGUUUCAGAAUUGAUUCCUAUGAGGGGUCUGAUUUUUGCUGCUCAAUCAAAAGCAGAAUUGUCACACUCUGGUUCCCUCAAUCGUCAUUCUCCUUUAGCUGAAGAAAGGACUGCUGAUUGUUUUGCAUCUAGCCAAUCUGCACCUGCAUGUGAAGCAUUGCAUCAUAAGGCGUCAGCUAUGCCUGAUGAUGGGAAGCAUCAGUUUUUCAUUAAUAGCCGCAUGAGCCCUGAUGCCAGUUCCCUUCAUACCUUCAAUGUGGAGGACAAACCCAGACCAAGUUGUGCCGAGAAAUCUUUGGAUAGAGCCAUUGAAAAUGCAAAAAGUAGCUCAGUGUUGAAAUCUUUUGAAGCUAUGCUGUUUACAUUAUCAAGGACAAAAGAUAGUAUUGGUCGUGCAACUCGUGUUGCAAUUGAUUGUGCAAAGUAUGGCAUCGCUAAGGAGGUAGUUGAUAUUCUGCUGCGGUAUCUGGAAAGUGAACCAAGUUUACAUCGGAAAGUAGACUUAUUCUUUCUUGUGGAUUCUAUUAUCCAGUGCUCACGGGGUCAAAAAGGUAUCGCUGGUGAAUCUUACUCGUUUGCAGUUCAAGCUGUGCUUCCACGUCUAAUAUCAGCUGCUGUUCCUCCUGGAACUGCUGCACGCGAGAACCACAGACAAUGCUUAAAGGUCUUGAGAUUGUGGCUGGAGCGAAAAACUCUCCCGGAGUCUGUUGUUAGAAAGCAUAUGCAAGAACUUGAAGCUUUGAGUGACAGUUGGAUUCUACCAAGACGAACACUGAGGACAGAGAGGGCACUUAAUGAUCCUCUUAGGGAAAUGGAGGGAAUGCUUGUAGAUGAGUAUGGAAGCAAUACAAGCUUGCAAAUUUCGGGAUUUACCAUGCCUCGCCUGCUUGAGGACGAGGAGGAAAUUAGUGCAACUGAUGGAAAGAGCAUUGCAGCUAUGCCCCCAGUGGAAGCCUGUAAAAGCCUUGAGGAAUCAAAAGAGAUUGCCAAACCUGCUUCAGAAAAGCACCGACAUAUUUUAGAAGAUGUUGACGGAGAAUUAGAAAUGGAAGAUGUUUCACCAUCUUGUGAAACUGAGAUCUCUGCAAGUGAUGUUCCUAGAAGUGAGAACACACUAUCAUCCAUCACUCAGUUUGAUAAGUGCCAUUCUUUGCCAGUAGACCUGCCUCCUCUCCCAGAGGAGAUACCACCAUCUCCUCCUCCCCUGCCUUCUUCUCCUCCACCACCUGCUGUGCAACCAUCGUCUUGUCCUCUACCUCCCCUGCCAGUCCAGUCGUCCAUUUCUCACUGCUUUGUUGAACCUGAGUUACACUGUGCUCACAAAAACCUUGUGUAUGAGCAGAAUUACCAAGGCCAGUUACAACAGCAGUUUGUCCAGCAGCAGGCUGUGGGACAUGCUAGUUCAUCACACUUGGAUGCUGUUCCACAUUCUUGUUCUGGCUCUAUGGAUCCCCAAAUACGAAUGCAAAAUAUUGGUCCUUUCGGAAGUCCUGGGCCUUAUAGUGGCUCACAUUCUGCACUUCUAACCGUGCAGACUGGAAACAACAUCCAGCCAAUCAUUGGUCCACGAUUACCUAACAAGAAUUUCCAUGUGCGCCCACCAACAUGUGCAGUUUCCAAUCAGUUCUCCUUUCUCCACUCUGAGCCACAACAACGGUUUCAGCCAUGGCUAGAGAGCUCUUCUUCCUCUUUUCAAGGUCCGUCUCAGUUAAUGCAUUCAAGACCUAGGGAACAUUUCUCCAAUGAUAUGGGUAGAAUGGAAAAUAUGCAAGACCAGGUGGAUGGAGGGUGUAGAUUUGCUGCAAACAAUCAUGCAGGCCCUCAUAAGACUGAACACAUGUAUAGUCACCCUUCUUCUCACUAUGGGCCUAAUGAGCACCAGAAUCGAUGGCAGUCAUUGCCCCUCGUGGGUAUGGAUUAUCACCAAAAUUCACAAUCUUUUAAUCACCCUCCACUCCAAAGGCAGAUCUCUGGAGUCAGUGGCAACCCUGGACCAAGUGUUUGGAGACCAACCUAGACUCUUGUUGCGUGAAACUGGAAAUACUGGUGCAAGCCAUAUUUCUGAUUCAAGGAAAUUGCAGUAUGGAAAUUCUCUUAAAAGAGCUCCUUUUCUGGCCAAAAUUAUCCAAGGCCGGGAUGUGGUGCUGAAAGUUGACAUGUGCAAUCGACCAUAGUGUAUAUAUUGUACUUUUAGUUGUUCUGCAAAUGCAGAACUCGGGAAGAUAAUAUUGAGGAGAGCAUUUUGAUUAUCGGUGGCUGUUGUGUCCAUUCGUCCAGUUAAUUUGAAAGAUCAGUUUUUAGGACCUUCGAAGCUAAGCAUCAGGGGGUUGUGCUGUCCUGUUAAUUGAUUCCAAAAUCCGCUUCUUUGGACGUUAGGUGCAUAUGUAACCUGUAUAAUUGAAAAUAUGCAAGCUACUUUGCUGACGGCAGACGUCCUUCUCUGAGGCUUCAGUUCUGUUCGAGUCUAGCCAUUUUUUUCUGCUUCUUUUUUGUCCCACCAGCCACUCUGAAAUGCUCGUUGAAGUUCAACUGGGUGCAUGCUGGAUACUUUCUUGCUUUUGUAUAACAGAUCCCCUUGUACAUUCUUUCGAUUAAAAUUUAAUAAAUACUCUGUAAACUAUUGUUCCUUGGAA